CAUACACACACACAAGCUCUUCCUCACACACAGUCUCUUCCUCACACACACACACACACUCCGUCUCUCUCACACACUCUGUCUGACCAGCCCAGCCAGCAGGCCCGUUUCGGAGCAGGGGAGCCCAGUAGAGACCUAUCCCAGGAUGGAUGUACUGAUGAAGGGGUUCAGCAUGGCCAAGGAGGGGGUGGUGGCCGCUGCGGAGAAGACCAAGGCUGGGGUGGAGGGGGCAGCCGCCAAGACCAAGGAGGGGGUCAUGUAUGUAGGUUCAAAGACAAAGGAGGGAAUGGACGCAGGAGUAAACAAAGUUGCUAACCGCGACCAGGCAAACAUCGUCGGGGACCCCACUGCUGCCGGAGCUGACCUCUCGCAGGGUGGCAUGGAGAACACCGGACAGGCGGAGGAGCCUCAGCCUGUAUACGAGGCGGAAUAUGGAGGAAUGGAGCAGGGAGGAGAAGGAGAGGGCUCUCAGGGCGGCUACUAGUCAUUCCAGGGACCUCUUCUCCCCAGCCUUCCGUUUGGUCGCUCGCUCCCCUCGCCCUGCUGUUCCAGACUUCCAGAUGUUCUACUUUAUGGAACCAAAACCGAUACAGACUCUUCCAGAUACCCCCUUUGCCCUCCCUGAUACCCUCUGUUUCCCCUAACAGCCCCCCUCUGGCCCCCCUCUCCUGUAUAGCUCCCCGCCUUUGUGUCGUUGUCGUCAUGUUGUUCGCCCUAGUGUUAUGUUCUCCCUAUCGCCACCCAGUACUCUAUCAAGAGGCCUGCGCACACACACACACACACACACAGCAAACACACACACACACACACACACACACACACACACACACACACACACACACAGGGUGGAUGAGAGCUGUGAUGAUUAUUCAGGAUUACAGAACCACAGAGAGAUUUAUCGUCGUUUGGAUGCUUGUGUGUGUGUGUCUGUUAGACGUGUCAAGUAGUAGGCCAGUUCAGGGGUGUUCUGUCCAUGAGAUGCUGCUGUAGGGACAUGUGCAAUGAAUUAGAGAGUGUGUGUGUGUGUGUGUUAAAGUGUGUUUGGUCACACAUGUAACAGGGUCAUAUUAAAACCGAUUAACUAGCCGGCUUAUAUCGUUGCACUUGUUAAGUCUAGGGGUCUUAGGCCUAGUUUACUGGUCUGUAACCUGAUUUGAUGUGUGCAUCAAUAUGAGAAGGAAGCGUAUGUGACCAGGUGUUGAAUGUACGUGCGCCCAGGUGACAGCCACCUUACCGUAAGUCCAGGGCCAGCUCCUUCUUGCCCUCUUGACCAGCCAGUCCAAGUGGAUUAUUACUUGUUCAGAUGGUGAAAGAUAAAUAUGUACAAAAACAAAACAAGAAAAAGGCAUCCCCAAAUAAAGAAGUUAACUAACACAAAGAAACAAACAACUAUAGAGGUUAACUAACACAAAGAAACAAACAGCUAUAGAGGUUAACUAACACAAAGAAACAAACAACUAGAGGUUAACUAAGGCUUCUGGCCUCUCUUUCUCCCAGACAGCCUAUCACCCCAAUUGGCUGCACCUGAUGUUCUUUUCAAGGCUUAGCUCAGCACCUAGACCUGCCAGCUGCCGCCUGGGGGUGGAGUGUGGGUGUAACCUAGAUAGUGUGUUGCCUAACUGUGUGUUAACACUACACUACCCGGCAUAUCAAAACAAUAUGUCUUGAGACACGCCAGAAAGCAAUACACAUGUACUGUUAGUGUGUGUGAGAGGAAGAAUGCUCCUGCCACCACUGGGAAUCACAUAACAGCAGAAGAUAUCAAUAUACGCAAUACACUACAGUGGUUUUGGUCUAGCCUGGGUUUAGUCUGGCUCUAGAUAUGGUCUGGGUCGACUGGCAGAGUUGAAAGGGAGGAAAGCAGAAAGUGAUUCAGAAUGAUGAUUACUUGUGAAAAUAUGUUGUUGUCAUAGUAAUACCAAGCAAUAGUCAGACAGACAGGUAGAAUAGAGGAGCAUCACACAUAGGGAAUGCUGGGAAAUGUAUAUUCAAAAUCGAUUUUUGAUUCCCACAAAAAAUAGUACAUUUUCUACUGUCAUUGGUCAACUGCUCCUGUUGUCAACCAUCUCAGCCACUCUGAGGCUUCCUCUGCCCUGUCACUCAGUGUGUCCCGCCCUUCCCUGUGUCAGCAAGUAAUGUUAGAGACUAAAACAGGUGCAGGUACAAAAAACAGGUCUGCCCUGUGCAGGUACAAAGUGUGUGUUUGUGUGUGCGUGUGUGUCUGUGUCAUAUAAAGCAGGUCAGUCCAGCAUCAGUGUCUGUAUUAUAGAGCAGGUAUGUGUGUAUUAUUACUUUGAGGUCAAUGGAAACUGAUUACUGCAUGUUGCCUUAUCCAGCACUCUUACAUUCACACAUCUCACACACACACACACACACACACAUGUACCCCAUACACACAGUACACUCAUCAAGCACACAAAAAUAAUACACAAACACACUCACACCUUGUUUAAGUUGGCAUCGAAGCAGACUUGCUGAUUUUAUAAACAGUACCAGUGAAUUAAAGACAGUUUUGUUGAAAUCCAAA